CAGGUUUUCCUACCUGGACUAACAAGGAAUGCUUUGUAGCAGGCACUGAAUGAUGAGAGAUACAGCAGAUACAAUGUGCAUGGACGCUUGGCACCCUGCUAUGCUAUUCCCAUUUAGCAAACAGAGAUAAAGCAUCAAACAGGCUUUGCUUCUGCUGAGGCUCCAGAUGAUGCCAGAGAGGUGAGAGGAAAAAUGCUGUUGUCAGACAGCCUUGAAGCCCAAAGCAGGAUUUCUCUGCUUGUUUGCUGGAUGAUGGGACCGUCUGUAGCCAAGUGCCUGAUGCUGCUUUGAUGCAGAUUUAUUGAUAUCCCUGUUAAGAGGUCAAACAGACAUGAGCAAGCCAGGCGUUAAAUAGACACAGGCAGGCAAGGGAGCGCCUCACCCGCUCACAGAACCAAGAGGUUGGUUCUUUCAUGCUCAGAUUUGCAGGUAUUUCAUGUGUUGAAGGCAAAAUGUGGAACGUGUAUCAAAAAAGGUGAAGCUGUUGAUGGCAUUUAGGCUGGUCGUGUGAUCCUUGAUGGGUUCAGGAGCUUUCUGCCUCUUGGCAGUGCUUCCCUGCACCUCCCAGGUCAUUUCCUCAUGUUCUUUGCCAUCAGCUGUGUGUGAGGUUGCACUGAGCCAAAGAGCCAAAGCUGUUCUCCCCAUUCUGCUUCAAUCGAGGCAAAACUGAUAGGAAUCAAUAAUUAAAGAAAUAACAAUUAACUCAGGAGAGGCGGAUUGUGGAUCAAAAUUUUGUUACAUCCCAUCUGGAAACCAUCAUUACACACCACCAGGUCUGCGUGGCAUGAAUGUCACAACCUCUCUGAAGGUCUAUUUACAUCCCAUGAUGCUUUUCUAUUCCAAAAGUCAAUCAACGCUACCCAAAAAUACAUUUUAAGCUGGGAGCUACAGAGCUGCAGCCAAUGGGCAUCGAUAUGAUGUUUGCAGGAGCUGUUUCCUCCCGAGGCAGUCUGGGCUCCCGCACCCAUCAGCACCCACUGCAGCCCCACGCUGAGCACAGCCCCUCCAAUUUCUGAGUGCUUCUGGUGAGCCAGAGCUCUCACCACAAGGCAGGACCAUGCUGGAGGAUGAGGAUGGGCUGAGCGAGCGGGGACUCAGCAGCUCGAGGAGGAGAUACGAUGAUGAAGAAGAUUACCACUCCAUCUACAUCGGGGUGCCGGUGCCCCGGGGAUACCGGAGGAAGCGGCGUCGGCGGCGAUCCGCCUCCAGCCGGGACCGGACCAGCGAGAGCGAGCGGCACUACGAGCGGCAGGAGCGCUCCGACACCGACGACGGCGGCGGCCACGGCUGCUACGAGAGCGGCAAUGACAACGCCAGCAGGACCAUGUCACCGGCUGCCGAACGUCUCCGCUACAUCCUGGGUGAUGAUGAUGAGCCUCCCAACCCCACGCUCUUCACAGAGAUGGACACACUGCAGCACGACGGGGAGGAGAUGGAGUGGAAGGAGUCAGCCAGGUGGAUAAAGUUUGAAGAGAAGGUGGAAGAAGGUGGGGAGAGGUGGAGCAAACCCCACGUGUCCACGCUGUCUUUGCACAGCCUGUUUGAGCUGCGGACGUGUCUGCAGACAGGAACGGUGCUGCUGGACCUCGAUGGUUACUCUUUGCCCCAAAUCAUAGACGAUGUCAUUGAGAAGCAGAUAGAGGACGGUCUGCUCAAACCUGAGCUGAGGGAAAAGAUCAGCUAUGUGCUCCUCAGGAAGCACCGCCACCAGACCAAGAAGCCCAUCCACCGGUCCUUGGCCGACAUCGGCAAGUCGGUGUCCUCCAACACCAAUCGCAGCCCCGUUCGGAGCCCAGCUGCAGGUGCUGCCUUCCACCGCUCCACGGAGGACCUUCGGAUGCGGCAGAGCGCGAGCUAUGGCCGCCUGCGCCACGUGCAGAGCCGAAGCAUGAAUGAUAUCUCAGACACACCGAGCACCGACCAGCUGAAAAACAAGUUCAUCAAGAAGAUCCCCAAGGAUGCAGAGGCCUCCAACGUGCUGGUGGGAGAAGUGGAAUUCCUUGAGAAGCCCUUCGUAGCGUUUGUGAGGCUGCUCCAGGCGACGAUGCUGGGAGGGGUGACAGAGGUGCCCGUCCCCACCAGAUUCCUCUUUAUUCUCCUGGGCCCUGCAGGAAAAGCCAAAUCCUACAAUGAGAUCGGCAGAGCCAUCGCGACCCUCAUGGUGGAUGAUCUCUUCAGUGAUGUUGCUUACAAAGCCCGAGAUAGAGAAGACCUGAUCGCUGGCAUAGAUGAAUUUCUGGAUGAAGUCAUUGUUCUGCCACCUGGAGAGUGGGACCCCAAUAUUAGGAUUGAGCCACCCAAAAAAGUGCCCUCAGCUGAGAAAAGGAAAUCAGUUUUCUCUUUGAAUGAAGUGGGGCAGAUGAAUGGCACAGCUGGUGGGGCAGGUGCUGGGAGCGGAGGAGGAGGCAGCGAUGAUGGGGAGAUGCCUGAAGUGCAUGAAAUUGGGGAAGAGCUCGCAUGGACUGGCAGGUUUUGUGGUGGCCUCUAUUUGGAUAUCAAAAGGAAGCUGCCCUGGUUCCCAAGUGACUUCUAUGAAGGCUUUCAUAUCCAGUCCAUCUCUGCCAUCUUGUUCAUCUACCUGGGCUGCAUCACCAACGCCAUCACGUUCGGGGGUUUGCUUGGGGAUGCGACAGACAACUACCAGGGAGUCAUGGAGAGCUUCCUUGGCACAGCAAUGGCAGGUUCCAUGUUUUGCCUCUUUGCUGGGCAGCCGCUCAUCAUCCUCAGCAGCACUGGCCCCAUCCUCAUCUUUGAGAAGCUGCUCUUUGACUUCAGCAAAGGUAACGGCAUCGACUACAUGGAGUUCCGCCUCUGGAUCGGCUUGCACUCUGCCCUACAGUGCCUUAUCCUGGUGGCCACUGAUGCCAGCUUCAUUAUAAAGUACAUCACCCGCUUCACAGAGGAAGGCUUCUCCACCCUCAUCAGCUUCAUCUUCAUCUACGAUGCCAUCAAGAAGAUGAUAGGGGCCUUUAAGUACUAUCCCAUCAAUUCGGACUUCAAGCCGGACUAUGUGACCAUGUACAAAUGCGAGUGCAUUGCUCCUGACCCAGCCAACAUGACACUGUUCGAUGCUUCAGUUCCAGUAGCAGCAAACACCACUAACACAUCUCUGUACAAUGCUAUUAACCUCACAGCUCUGGAUUGGACUCAGCUGAGUAAGAAGGAGUGUCUCAAGUACGGUGGCAGCUUAGUGGGAAAAUCCUGUAAAUUCGUGCCCGAUUUGGCCCUCAUGUCCUUCAUCCUCUUCUUUGGGACCUACUCCAUGACGCUCACCUUGAAGAAGUUCAAAUUCAGCCGCUACUUCCCCACCAAGGUCAGGGCCUUCAUUGCUGAUUUUUCCAAUGUCUUCUCCAUCCUGCUGUUUUGUGGUGUGGAUGCCUGUUUCGGCCUGGACACCCCGAAGCUGCACAUCCCCAGUAUCAUCAAGCCCACGCGUGUGGACCGAGGGUGGUUUGUCUUUCCCUUUGGGAAGAACCCAUGGUGGGUGUACCUGGCCAGUGCGCUGCCUGCCCUGCUCGUCACCAUCCUCAUCUUCAUGGACCAGCAGAUCACAGCUGUCAUUGUCAACAGGAAGGAGCACAAGCUGCGGAAAGCAGCUGGCUACCACCUGGACCUCUUCUGGGUGGGCAUCCUCAUGGCAGUGUGCUCCUUCAUGGGGCUGCCCUGGUACGUGGCAGCCACCGUCAUCUCCAUCGCCCACAUCGACAGCUUGAAGAUGGAGACAGAGACCAGCGCCCCGGGGGAGCAGCCCCAGUUCCUGGGGGUCAGAGAGCAGAGGGUGACGGGCAUCAUCGUCUUCGUGCUCACAGGGAUUUCUGUCUUCCUGGCCCCAAUUCUGAAGUACAUCCCCAUGCCGGUGCUGUACGGGGUCUUCCUGUACAUGGGCGUUGCAUCUCUGAACGGCAUCCAGUUCUGGGACCGCUGCAAGCUCUUCCUCAUGCCAGCCAAGCACCAGCCCGACUACGUCUUCCUGCGGCAUGUUCCGCUGCGCCGCAUCCACCUCUUCACGCUGGUGCAGAUCAUCUGCCUGGCUGUGCUUUGGAUCCUCAAAUCCACCGUGGCUGCCAUCAUCUUCCCUGUCAUGAUUUUAGCCCUGAUCCUGGUGCGGCGGCUGCUGGACUUUGUCUUCUCCCAGCAUGACCUGGCCUGGAUUGACAACAUCAUCCCCGAGAAGGAGAAGAAGAAGGAAGAUGACAAGAAGAAGAAGAAAAAGGGCAACAAAGGGGACAGCAGCAGUGAUGAGGAGGAAAGAGGUCCUCCACCUGGAGCUUUGCGUUCUGACUCCUCCCCAAAUGGUUCCGACAUGGAUCGCAGCAUUACACUCCACCUGAAGAUUUCAUGCCCAUCAUCUCCUGCAUUUAAUUACUCCAGAAGCCCCAUCUGUGCUGUGCCCCAGGUGAAGAUAGAGAUGGAGUCAGACUAUGAGGACACUGACACCGAAAAGCCACCGCGGGACAUGGGCAGUGAGACCACGCUAUAGUUUUCCUGCAGUACUUCCUCUAAUUUAUAUAUAUAUAUAGAUAUUUAUAUAUUCAUAUAUAUAUAUAAAGCAAAUUGGACAUAUUUUUCUACAUGAGACUGAGGGGAGCUGCUGCUCCCAUAGAUCUUAGCGCUGUCACAUUUCCUCCCUUUCUGCUGGGCGAAGGCAUCGGCGCUGAUGGCAAAACUGGGCUCAAAAUGUGGAAAUGGGCAUUUUUGGCCUCUGAACCACUGCUGGACUGGAAAAGCCAAAGGUGGAUGGGGGUGGUGAUGAGGAAUGUCCCAGCCAUCCCAUCAGGGUCCUUCUGCUGCAGCAGGAGGGGUUCUCCUGCCCAUGGGGGCUCAGCACUGAGGCAUAGCAGGAGAUGAGGAUGCAUUGGAGGCUGAGGACUGGCUGGAGGAGGGAAGGCUCAGGAGCUGGAGCAUCUGAGAUGGGUGUGUGCAUGGGAGCAGCAGUAGGGAACGGAGCUUAAUCACUGCUGCAGAGAACUGGGAAUAGUUUCCAUAAGGAAUUGAGCAGCAGAGCUGAGCAUGGCCAUGCCUGACCCCAUCUCACUGCACCCAGCCAGGACCUGGCGUGCCAGGCCCUUCCUGCACCCUCUCCUUGCCCCAUGCACACCACCAAGGAGCCUCCCAGCUCCUGGACAAGGGAGUGUGCACCUCUAAGCUCCUCCACCCCCAUGUGGUUUAACAGCAAAUAUCUCCCCACGUAACCCCAGGAUGAGGCUUUUUUUUCUGGCUCUAUUUUAAGGCUGCAAAAAGCCCUCUCUCUUCCCAUCCCCUGGCAGAAACAGCCUACCUGGUAUUGAUAGGAGCUCUGUGCUCGUGCCAGCCAGCAGUUCCUGGGGCACUGACUAAAUAUUGCAUCUGGUCUGAACCUCUGCGUGGGACAGCCCAGUCCUUUGUAAAUAGCCAAGUCAAACCAGAAGGACUUGAAUGCAGUUUCCUGUUUAUAGCAGUUAUUUUUCUGGUUCAAGAGCACUUAUGGGACCAUGGUGAGCUUAAUAAGACAACAUUACUCCGGUCACCACUUUAGCUUGACGUUAACAUUAAGAGCUAUUUCAGCUUGGGUGCAUUGUGUCUGUUUUGUAGUAUUUUUGUACCAGUCUCACGUGUGGUAGCUGAAGCAUGGCACAGGUAGGUUUUCUGCUUGUAAUCACUCCACCACAGUUAAUUUGCUUUAUCCACUAUGUCAGCUCUUUAUUACACAGCAGCCCUGGAAAGGCUUCGUGGGCUCUGGGGGCUGUUCCAUAGGGCACAGCUGAAGCCUCAGCUCAGACCCUUCUAGAGCACAGCUUGUUUCAAUUUAUCCAUUUUGCAAGUCUCACACAUGGUUUAUACUUUUUGUAUAUGAAAUACUGGAGCGUCACAGAUUUGCCAGCCCUGUUACAGCACUACUAUUAGCCAUUUUGUAUUUACCAGUGAUACAAUCCAAUAAAUCUCACUUAAAAUCUCA